AUGACCUCCGCCAGCGGCGCCGGCAAGCCUGGCAAGAAGGCCUCUGCCGCCCGCCCCCUCUCCGGCCUGUCGCUGAAGCCCGCCAUCCCCUAUGUCUACCUCAACCGCCGCAGCAACGGUACCGCCAAGCAGACCUCGGCCGCCCAGCCCACCACCACGUCCAACGGCUCCUCUCUCAAGAUUCAGCACAACGCAGAAGCCGCGACCCCCGAGACCGUCGUCACCGUGCUCGACACCAAGGAGGACGCUGCUGCCGAGGCAUCGUCCACGGCGGCGAGCAACGUCGACGAGGAACAGUCUGCUACCCCGACUACCCAGCCCGAGCUGACGCCCUCCGCCUCGACCUCGACCGACCUUGCUGCCGAAUCCACGCCUGCCGUCGAGCAGCCCGACGCCGAACCCAUGCCCGUCGAAUCUCAAUCCGCCGAGGAGCUUGACCAGACUACUACUCCUGCUGAGCCUCUCGGUGAAUCCGUCCAUGACACGGCCCCUGCGCCUGCUGCUGUUGUCCCUGCGCCUGCUGCUGCUGUCCCACACCAGACCGUCAGGUCGACAACCCCGUACAGCAUGCCUCCUGCUUUCCAGCCAACCCCUCGUGCUCUGGGCCUGGGCACCAACGGCGACAUGCGGCCCCUGCCCCGCCACGGGCUCAACGGUCCGGCUCAUAUGCACCACCCGCACCCCAGCAACGGCAGCCUCCAGUUUGGCCACUUUGACUCGAAUAACUCAUCGCCGGCUCCUCCGCAUUCGGCCGGAUUCGCCCCGCCGCCGGGGCUCGGCGGCCUGCCCAACGGUCAGCGACCCUUCCCUGGUCACGGCCACACGGCUUCAGGCCAUGGAUACCCCCCGCAGAUGCCCUACGGCACCGAAUUCGUGCCCGUCACCUCGGGCGACGCCUUCGGCCGUUCCUCUGUCGCGCCUGCUGGCAUGGAGCACUACCCCCACCAGGUCAACAACUACGGCCCUUCGACGCCCCACAGCUUCCAGGAUUCCCACUCCUCCCACCACGCUGACGAAGCGGCCGCCUUUAACCAGCAUCACGGCCAUGGCGGCCCGAACGGCGUCGUGGCAAACCAUGACGACCGUCGUCACCACCAUCACCAGCAGCAGCAGCAUCAUCAGCAUCAUCAGCAGCACCAGCACCAGCAUUCUGCCUACGGUCAUGCCCACCAGAGGAUGAUGUCCAACCACAUGCCCCCGCCGCACGUGAUGCAGCAGCAGAUGCAGGAGGCCCAGAACAGCGUCGAGGGUUUGUUUGGGUACCUCCAAUCCCAGUUCACCGACCUGACAUUUGUCGACUGCACGCUCGAGCUUCGCUACCUCGAUGACCGCGCGCCCCCUGUCCGCAUCCCUGGCCACCGACUCGUCUUUGCGCGCAGCCAGCCUCUCCGUAACCUGCUGCAGACCACCAGCCACAGUGACAGCCACUCGCACGGAACGGACGCGCAGACCAUCCUCCUCAAGACGGACGACAAGUACAUCAACUCGAGCACCUUCUGGAUGGCCAUCCAGCGACUCUAUUCCUUCCCUCUCCUCAGUGGUCCUCCCGAGGGCGCUUCCAUGGGAGACGGCAACCUGACGCUCGCCGGAAACGCAGAUACCCGUUUCGACUUUGCCCUGGGUUAUGCCGCCGCCGGAAAGCUGCUGAACUGGGACCCCAUCAUCCAGCGCGGUAUGCAGGUGGCAGCCGACCACCUGAGCUGGUCGACCCUCGAAAAGGCGCUGGACUUCAUCCUCGGUGACCUGCCAGGCCGUGCGUCUGCUGACCGCCACGCUCCUUUCGCCUACGGCGAGCAGGUCCAGCUCCUCAUGGGGGGCGUGAUCUCCUUCAUCAUCAACAACUUUCCGGCUUACUUCCGUCUCGACACCUCGGUCGCGGACCCCGAGUCCUUCGCCCGCAUCCCUAACGUGCCGGCACCGGCCAAGUCGACGGGCACACCGCCUAUCGCUCACGGCACCUCCGUCCACCUGGGAGCGGGCCGACGGGCCCGGCCCAUGCACAUCAAGUUCGGCGACAUGGGCGGCUCGUCAGCGUCCCAGGACAGUACGCAGGACGGUACCAACGGCGAGGUGCUCAGCCUGACGCCUCAGCAGCGCGCCGUCAACUCGACUCUUUCUCGCGUUCUCCUCAACCUUCCGUUCGCCUACCUCAAGCCCGCCUUAGAGUCUAGCGUCUACGGCAACGUCUCGAGCUGGGCCAACUCGGAGGCUCGCCACCAGAUCAUGGUGUCCGUCGUGUCGGAGCGUGAACUGCGGCGUCUGCGGGCACUCGAAGAUGUCAAGGAGGGACGCGUCCCGCACGCGGGACAGAUCCGCCACUCGCUGCAGAGCGUCGAGCCACGCAACGGUGGCGACGUGUGGCACAUUCUCGGAUGGCAGGAGGAGAUGGUUCCCUUCCACGGCGAGGGCGCUUCGCUGGGCCGCAAGUGGACUCCGCUGAUGUACGCGCGCGAAGACGGCGGCUCGGACCACCAGCACCCCGUGGCUGCGUACCCUUAG